AGGACCUAGUCUAGACCCGCGCUGCGAUGCGUUACGCCGCCGUACUGGUGUCACUUUGCUCACUUAUCACUAUAGUCGGUUCAAUACGAUCAGCAAAUCAAUCAGCAGUAGAUAGCCUAGAAGUCGAUGUUCCGCCAAGCCAACUGGUCUCACAGGCCCGACGUGAACGUAAAGAACGUCGACUGCUUCGUAAAAAGAAGCAGCGAAUGAGGGAGCUUAGGGAAGAAAUCCGAGCUUUGACUCUAUCGCUUCAUCAGACACCGGAUACGCCACCACAAGGGAAGGGCGAACAGAAACAUAAAAGAAAAGAUCGUCGAGACCACAAGGGUGUAAAGUGGCGAAAGAAUUUACUGGAAAAACUCAAAGUGAUUGUUCAUCGAUUGGACAGAAUGGAACGACGAAUACUGGGAGUAAAACCGUAUCUGACGAACAAAGCGGAGAACUCCACUGCGUCGGUUACCAUAUCGACCACUGCAGCAAAAACGAGCCACAAUAGCACACAAGAUCUAAAGAUUAGACGUAUCCAGCCAGCCAUAACACGAUCUCGUAGCGGUGAAAAUGGUACCGUAUGCACUGCUCACAAAGAUUGCCGCCCAGGUCAUUGUUGUCACCAUUUCAUAACAAAAGAAAAAGACAACACAAUUUGCGUUAUGCAUGCAUUGACGGAAAAUAUACCAUGCAUUGAUGGUUGUCAAUGUUCAACACAACUUAGUUGUUUCCUACCAGAUAGUAAUUUGACGGAAGCAUUCUGCAAGAAAGCAUCCUCAAUUGACGUUUUGGAAGGCACGUACCUGUACAGGCAAGACUCCACCAUAAUUGACGUCUAAGAUAGAAAUCAGAUGAAAUCACGAUCUCGUAUUCUUGGCUAC